AUGAACAACCCGUACGAGGAGGAGCAACAAGUUGUCAUCUCGCGGAUACUGGGAACGGUCGAGAAGCUCAACGAGAGCAUGCUGGAGUUGAACAGGUCCAUCGAGCAAGUCAACGCCUACAACGCCUCAACGGCCGAGAUCGUCGAGCUGUGGACGUCCUACAUGCGCAACGUCCAAUGGAACCUCCAAUCGCAGAAGACGCUGCAUCCGCCCGUCUAG